AUGUUACUCGCUUGGUGGUUCGUGUUGAAAGAGACCGACAAACGCCGGUUCAUUUAUUCGAUGACGCUUGACAUACGUCAAGCGUACAUAAUACAACUUGAUUCUGCAAGCGACAUCACGGUAAUCUGCGAACAAACAUGGCAUCAGCUGGGUAACCCACAAACGACGCCCCCAUCGAUCAACGCAGUCAACGCAUCCGGUAAACCACUGGGGCUCAUUGGCGAGUUUGAAUGCAAUGUCACGUUCAACGGGACAACGAAACGUGGCAAAUGUUUUGUCUCGUCAUCCCCUAGCCUCAACGUUUUCGGCAUCGAUUGGAUCGAUAUGUUCAAUCUGUGGGCACUGCCAUUCGAUUCGAUCUGCAACAGCAUCUCUUCGACAACCAAACCAGCGUUUGAUGACGAGAUCCAAAAGCUCCGGAGUGACCAUCCGAACGUGUUCGACGACUCGCUAGGACACUGCACAAAGACAAAGCGCCCGGUUCCAUUCAACACAAUUCCAUUGGUUGACACCGAGCUAAACCGUCUCGAAUCCAUGGGAAUCAUCACUCCAAUCGAUUUUUCGGAAUGGGCCGCUCCGAUCGUUGCUGUCCGUAAACCCAAUGGACGAGUUCGCAUCUGCGCGGACUAUUCGACAGGACUGAACAAUGCGUUGGAAGCAAACCAUUAUCCUCUGCCGACGCCUGAAGAAAUUUUUGCUCAGUUGGCUGGUAGUCGUGUCUUUAGCAUCAUCGAUUUGUCGGACGCAUACCUACAGGUCGAAGUGGAUGACGAUUCAAAGAAGCUAUUGGGUCGUAUGAAUAAAAAGUACUACGCAGUGAAAAUCUUACAUUAUGGAAGAAAAUCGCCAGUUCCACGAAAACCAGUUGUUGAAGUCGAAUUUGCAUAUCCAGAAGUGAACUUGCAGGUGCCAAAUGAUGACGAAGAUGGAUUAUCCAAGGAAGUUCCAGAAAAAUCAACACAAAUCAGUGAUUUCCAUUUUGCUACCGCUUUGCGCCGCUUCGGGAGUGUCUUGUUGCAAAAAAAUCAAACCCCCCAGAUGAAGAAAAUGAAAUCACAGGCGGCAAAAGAAAUGAUUAUGCAUUUCUUGGUGGAACAUGGCAUCGAAUUAACAGAAAAACAAAUAUUGAAAAAGGUGAACAAUAUGAAAUCGCGAAUCAAAUCCAAAACGGACAAAAAGGCUACCGGGAAUAAACAAAUAUCCUUGAAUCCGGGAGAGAGAAUCAUCUAUGACCUCCUAGGAGCUGAAGAAAACCCUGCAGUAACGAAAGUGAACUAUGGUGUUUCAGUGGGAUCGAGCUCCACUGCUGUGAUGAAACGGAGCAGCAUGAUAAUUUCGGACGACGAAGAAGACAUGCUUAAUUCACUGGUCAACGUUGGACGUUCGGUUCUUAACGUUUUGGCAGAAUCAGGCCAAAUAGGCUCCGGAAAAUCGCGUACAUCUGAAGAACAGAAACCACAAACGCCAAGUGGGUGCUACAAGCGAAAACCUCGAAGGAAUCAAGAAAAGCUCUCGAACGCUCAGCUUCAGCAAAAUGUCCUAAUCAAGCAAUGUGAAGUUCUUGAGCAGCAAAAACGGAUUAAUGAGAGGUUGGAGGUCGUACUCGAUAAGGCAGGAGAAUUAUUGAACCGUUAUUUGGAAUGAGGAACCGUUGACAAUAUGGAGAACGUAGUUUCCCCGGAAUUUUAAUACAUGUUUACUGAAUUAAUCCGUAAUUUAAAUGAAUAAAAGCUGUUAAAGUUGUGUUUAUUGUUUUGGAUAACGAC